UUGUUUCCAAGCCACCACGGAUGUAUUUGUAAGUAUUUUUCAGUUUGUUGUCCAGCGCUGACGACGGGCAAUCCGCCACGGGUGGCACCGCCGGCGGGAUCGCCGGGAGCUGGCUUAGACGAGUGCUCAAUUCUACGUCGCUUCUCGAGAGGAGUUUGUCCACAGUUCGCUCAAGUGGUGAGUCAAGUGGUAGUUCAAAUAGUGAAUGGUGCAAACUUGGUGGCCAGCAAUACGGGGCCAACGGUGGCUAUGCUCACGAUCGAGUGUGUAGCACCGGGCACUUGGAUGUACCGGAACAACAGACGCGAGCUAUCCGCAUUUACUGGCGUGUCCUGUAAUCAGGGCACUCUCACAUCCGGUGAUUACGUCGUCAACUACCAAACUACCUAA